AGCCUAUGGCAGGCCGCCGUAUGGUGCUUUCCCUCCCAACAUGGGUCCUCCACCAGCCAUGGGUACGCGUCUGCCCAUCUUCAAUUCGACGUGACGUUGCGCUAACGGGUCUCAUUCAGGUGCUGCACCUGGCAUGUCCCCUCCUCCGGGCAUGAGCCCUGCCGCAACUCCUCUUCCCGCUCGUCCUACUUCCGUCGCUGCGCCCUUCGCUCCGCCGCAAAACUUGCCCGACAUCAACUUCAACGCUCCUGUUAUUCGUCUUGGUGUCAGCCAGCCUAACUCCAAACCUUCUCCCUACGGUUACGAUUCACGUCCUUCCGACAAUGCCUCCGGAAACCGUGGUCGCGUCGGUCUCGGUUCUGAUCAGAGGAUGCCGCGUGAAAUCGUCCAACUCGUUCCCCCUACUCUGGAGGAAGUUAGCAGGACCAUUUUCAUCGGAGGUCUGGUGGAUGGUGUUCCUGACGACAAUCAGCUCGAGGAUGUUUUAGGUGCUGGCGGCCAAGGUCCUGUCAAGCUGCGUCGCUGGACCCGUGUUACUGACGCUGAUGGAAAGCCCUGUCGCUUUGGUUUCGCCGAAUACGAAGACGCUGGUGCUUUGCAGCUCGCCACGGAGAUUCUCAAGGACAUUGAAGUACCUUUGCGCGAGAAGGGCAAGCUUCUGAGGGACGACGAAGGGAAUGUCAAGAAAGCCACACUUAUGGUGCUCGUUGACCAGAACUCGCUCGAGUACAUCGAGAAAUGGUCAAAGCCCUCUGCCGAAGAGCUCCAGUUCCGCUUGGACACCGCAAAGGAUGACCUGACCCGCGUACUCGCACAUCUGUCUUCUCAGGACUCCUUGACCAACGGCGCAGACAAGAAUGGAGACAUUGUCAUGGAAGACGGUCACAAACCUGACGGCGCGGAGGUCAUCACUAUUCCCGUAGCCGCCGAAGAUGAGCUCUCCGACAUUCCCGCCGAAAUGCGCGAGACAGUCGCCGCCGAAAUUGCCUCUUUCAGAGACCGCAGCAUCCAGCGCGACCUUGAGCGCUUGCGUAAGGAGGAAGACCUGGAGGCCGCCGAACGUAAUAGAUCUGCACCAAGACCGAGCCGUUUGGCAUCCCCACCUGCUUCUGCCCCGUCAGGGCCUGGAGGCGUCAAUGGUGUACCUGUCGGUCCUCGCGACCGUACUGUCGCCGGUGCCCCAUCAGGGCCUAAGGGUUACAGAGGCGCACAAUUGCCCAAGGACUACGUCGAUGGCGUGAACUUUGUCAAUGGUCAGCACGAAGAUGAGGAUGAUCCGGCAUCUGACUCGGAACUCGAACGUCGUCGCGAGGAGAAGAAGAACGCAGAGUUGGAGAAGGUUUACCUUGAUCAAGAAAGACGUUGGCUCAAUGUGGAGAGGAGACAUAUCCAAGCACUUGCGCGUGCAGAUGCAGAAGAGGAAGCCGAACAGAGCGCUCGCCAGCAGCGUCGCGAAACUCUGGCGCAAAAGUAUCGUGAAUUUGACGAUGAGGAAGAGCUGCGCAGACCUAGCGAGCUGUUCUACAGGGACCGCAAGGCAUGGAUCCGCGCACGCAGAGACUUCAAGCACGCCGAACGUGCCAGAGACGAGAAGGAUCGCGACGACGAGAGGAAAGAACGUGCACGCGAGCAACGCAAGAUGGAGGGCGCUCGCGGCAUGGCCGACGAUUUCCUGGCCGAAGCUGGACAAGAACUGUCGACACGCAGUUCCACCACCAAGCCGCAACCCAGAGCAUUCACGCUCAACCUGGGAAGCCUCGGUGGCAACGGCGCAGUGCGCGAGGGCUCAGGAGAGCCGGAAGAACAACAGAAGAAGGGCGUGGGCAAGCAACAGACCAUGGCCGAAAUGGAAGGCCUUCUCGACGACGAAGACGAUGCCGCCCCGGACAGUGGAGAUCGCAAGAAGGCAUUGUUGCGCGCUGUCGACUUCAAGCCUCUUGCUGCUGGCGAGAAGAUGAACGACGACGAGCGUCAAGCCGCUACUCGCGCACUCGCCGCAUCCAUCCCUACCUCCCUCACCGACCUGUUCGACUGGCCCGUCAAAUGGGCCCACCUACCCGACUCGGUCAUCCGCGAGCAACUGCGUCCGUACGUUCAGAAGAAGAUUUUCGAAUCUCUCGGUGUACAGGAAGAUAUGCUUGUCGAGGUCAUCGAGGGUGUUGUACGCAGGCACGGUCGUCCCGAGGAGAUUGUGGAAGAGUUGAGCGAUACGCUCGACGAAGAGGCCGAAGGACUUGCAAGAAAGGUCUGGCGUAUGGUCGUCUUUUUCUCAGAGUCCGAGGCCAGAGGCUUGGUUGUUAGGGAGUAGGAUGUUUUGCAUCAAAAGCUCUGUAAUCGUGCAAAGAGUGGUUUCCUGACCUACCAUAAGUGUCCGUACAGUACCUCCCAGUGACUGGUCCGA